AUGUCCGAUAAGCCUCUGGUCCUCGUUACUGGCGGUACUGGCUUUCUCGCAGUUCGGGUCAUUGCCAGCCUCUUUGAGAAAGGGUUUCGCGUGCGCACCACUGUGCGUACCCUCAGUCGGGCCAACGAAAUCCAAAAGGAGCUUCGCGAGGCUGCUACAAACGAGGAACAAAUAUCUUCCCUCCAAGUAGUGCAGGCAGAUCUCCUCGAGGAUGAUGGCUGGGCUGAUGCUAUGAAGGGCGUGUCCUUUGUUCAACACGUCGCCUCUCCUUUUCCAGAUGGGUUACCAAAACAUGAAGAUGAUCUGAUCAUACCCGCUCGUGAAGGCACGUUGCGUGUACUUCGCAAUGCCCGCGAUGCUGGAACUGUCAGUCGCGUCGUGUUAACGAGUAGUGCCGCAGCAAUUGAAUGCGGCCAUUCCCGCUCGACUUCAGAGACACACAUUUAUACUGAGAAAGAUUGGACCAACCUCAAUUCCAACCAGGUCCAGGCCUAUGCUAAAUCCAAGACCUUGGCGGAACGUGCUGCAUGGGAUUUUAUAAAGAAAGAAGGCGGGGAACUUCAACUCACAGUCAUCAACCCCGUGCUAAUCAUGGGCCCCGCGUUGGGCACCAAUGCAAGUACAAGUCUACGAACUAUCAGUGAGCUCUUGGAGGGCAAUACUCCCGGCCUCGCACGCGUGUCCUUUGGUCUAGUUGAUGUACGCGACUGUGCAAAUAUGCACGUCCUUGCUAUGACCAAUCCAGAUGCCAAAGGGGAGCGCUUCCUAUGCGUGGGCGAGGGUUCUGCUUCUUUGCUGGAUGUCGCCAAAAUUCUGAAGAAAAAUUUCGGAUCAAAGGCCAAUAAAGUGCCAACUAUUGUCCUACCAAACCUCCUUAUCCGCGGGGUUGCCAUCUUCCUCCCAGUUGCUCGUCUCAUCCUACCAGAUUUGGGAGUGGAAAAGGCGUUCAGCAAUGCUAAAGCUAAAGAAGUUUUGGGGUGGACAUGGAAGUACAGCAAUGAGCAAGCAAUCACGGCAUCCGCUGAGAGUAUGUUCAAAUUCGGCCUCAUCAAGGCUUGA